UGGUGAACCUGUCGGGCAGCCCGUGUGUCUGCGCAGGGCUGGCUUGUGUCCCCAGGAGAUGGAAAUCUCAGAGAGCAGGGAGCGAGGCAGACAGAGCGUCGGCAAACGCAGUUCAAGUGAGACGGGUAAAAGAACAACUUUACCUCACUGUGACAAGAUGUUCACCAAAAGUAACAAUGGAAGAUGACGCGAGAGGUCUAAUUCUGAACAAGGUGCGACAGGGUGAAGGGAUCCGUGUGGUGCAUUGGAAGAAUUCGGCAAAUUUUACACUUGGAGAAGGGGUUAACUACUAGGGGGCUGUGGAAAAAAAGGUGCUUUCAAAUGAAUGAAGGGCUUCCAAACUUUUAGUUCCUGAACUGCAAUAACAGCAUCCAAAAGUCGAUGAAUCCCAAUGGAAUUCUGAGUGUGGGUGUUUCAGCACGAUGCAGUCUCCGAGGGGAUUCUGGGAGGGAGAAGCAACGUGCGCGAACCUUGUGGCGAGAAGACACGAGCUGAUGUUUGACUCCAUUUCGCUGGCUAAAGCUUCCAUUUUUUGCCGAUUAAUGCGACGAGGGUGAUUGAGACAUCGAGACGAAUGCGGAGGAGUCGAGCUUUGGAGCUGUCUGAAUGUUACAUGCGCUGUGAAUUGAAAUCGAAGGUGCGGGAUGGUUGUGCACGUUGCAUGUGCGGGUCGAAUCGAGGUGGCGGGGCCCAGGCUCGGGCCGAGAGCAGGGAAUGAACCAAUGUUUGGCUUCUGGAGCAGAUGUGGAGGCCACUGAAAGCGACAGAGGGUCAAUGGAUUCAACAUGUUGAGUUGGAGUUCAUUCAGCAGUUGAGGAUGCCUGGGACAUCCGACCCAAACCUUGCUCUCAGGAGAAUAAACUCAGGUUACCCCCACAUCCGGUACUUUACCCAGCCAAGGGCAUCAUGGGAAGCGUGAGCAGUCUCAUACCAGGCGGCAACUUUCACGACAAACACUGUAGGGUGUUCGAGUCCAGGAGCAGGAAACCUUCUCACCUCCAGAAGUUUGUUCGGCAACAGGACGGGCUGCUGAAGUUCAGUGGUGGCCAUGAGCCUUUCGGCAACAGGUCCAGGUGUGAGAAAGCUGAGGACUUCUUCUACAUCAGCAUUAGCCAAGGGAACAGACUGGCGACCACAGGCAAGCGUAAGAACCGUGCUUCCAGCCUGUCACCUCCAAAAGACGUAAUGGAUAUCAAAGGGCCUCCGCCUGUCCUGGUGCCCUUCUCUGGCCAGCUGGAGAAGGGCAGUGAAAUGAGUGUCGUCAGGCCAACGGCUUUUAAGGCCGUGGUGCCUCGGAACGGCACCAAUCUCAAUGGUCCCUUGGGUUCGCAGAUGAGUGUGAAGCUUACGUUCCAGGGAAAUGCUCUGAAACCAGGAAACCAUUCGGAAAAUCAGCAGGGUCCAGACCAGCAGCACACAAGCUGUUCAGGAACAUUGUCCGACUCAGGUAGAAAUUCCAUGUCCAGCCUGCCUACACACAGCACAGGAUGCAGCCAUGGAACAGAGCACACUGGAGCUCCCACCAGCCUUCGCAAGAAGUUCGGAGGCUCGGUUCAACAUGUUGGAGGCAUCUUGAGAAAUAUAAGCAACACAUCCGCCUCUGAUGGGGGUCACUGCCCUGCCAGCCAAGACUCAAGUUCUUGCAUCCACCCAUUGUGCUCCGUCGGCCAACCUGAAGUUCCGGGAUGUGAAGAGAAAUCUGCAGGGAAACGAGGAGAAUCUCAGGGACUCCAGCAAGCCCUGUGCAAGGGGAAGGCAGGCAGCAGCCCCACCUGCAGUGAAAAUCCAAAACACUGUGUGCAGGGGACAGGCAGCCCAGAGUGGAGGCAUGGCGCUGAUUCAGUUCGGGCCUCUGACCAGCAGUUCCUCCAGCUCCAAGUCAGCCAACUCCAACAGGAGAAGCAGCAGCUGAAGGGCAACUUUGCUCAACUUCUGCAGGAGUGCAACAGCCUCAAAGCCAAAUGCAAAACCUAUGAAAGAGAACAAAAUGAACUCGGCCCAAAGCUUGAGGAAAUUAAAUGGGAGGUCUGUCAGAAGUCUGGGGUGAUCUCCCUUCUAAAACAGCAGCUGAAGGACUCACAGACGGAGCUGACACACAAGACCAAUGAGGUCUUGACCUUCAGGAACCAGCUGAGGGAAGCCAAAGGAAAGCUGUCUUCUCGAGAGCAGCAGGUCGAGGAGCUGGAGAACUCAGUCCAGACCAAGGCAAGAGAAUUGGAGGUUUGCGAGAACGAGCUGCAGCGCAUGAAAAAUGCGGCUGACCUGCUGAGGGAGAAGGUCAGCCUGCUCCAGUGCAGGAUCCUUGAUUCCAAGCAGAACUCGUCGAGCUGGAGAGGACAAGACUGUGGAGACGAAAAUGACAUUUCUCCCAACUGCUCCCAGCUUGAACCGGCAUCAGCACCACAGCGGACUCAGCAAACCUCUUCAACACUGCAGGGACAAGUGAACAAAUUGAAAGCCCAGCUGGAGCAGGAAAAGCAAAAGAACCAGGCGCUUAUGCUGGAUUUUCAAAAGGAGCGGCUGCUGUGGUGUGCGGAGAAGGAGAGGGUGAUUCAGUACCAGAAGCAGCUUCAGCAAAACUACCUUCACGUGCACCGUCAGAACCACAGCCUGGAGAGGACCGUCCGGCAGCUCUCAGUCCAGCUAGGACCCAGAGCUUCUGUGGAGAGGGUGGGACAAGUUGUCGACACUUUUGAGGAGAUCGCCGCCACUGCGAUAUAACAAAAGCAAAACUCAUUUCAGCGAGAAAGACAAUUGUUGAUAACCCCACAUCAGGCAAUGAGUUCAAAGGUGGGGAAGUGGUGAGAGGGCUUGUGAAAACAGAGUUAAUUUACUCAGAAAACAAGGUAUAUUUAACCAGCUAAGGAAACAAAUUACCACAGUCUUUUUCCUGCGAUCACUCGGGUUGGGCGUGACGUCCUCCUAAGAAGUUGUCUAUUGGUAGGUCCUCAUGUGGCUGCAGAGGCUGAUACAGGAUUCACAUAUUCUGGUACAUAAUGGAGAAGACCUGUUUGCAACUUUUUUUUAUCAUGGGGAGGCUGAUGUAUGGACACUACAACAUUGUUCUUGUCUGAUCAGGGUCAGGGACCUGGCCUGGAAGCAAGAAGACUGAGGACCCUUUACUGCUGCAGCCUUCCUCCGCCUUCGCUGGUGUGUCAUCAUCUUCUGCCAGCUCCACCACUGAGGUCUUGAUCGGACUGCUCUUUGCCUGGAACCUCCCCCUUGACCUUACUCCCAGACGCUCCAGUUAAGCUCCAGACGGCAUCUCAGGAACUCACAAGCCUUCCCACCACGACAAGGUGACGAUCCUCGGAGAAGACUACCGAUUAAAAGGGAAACUUCUCCAAGAAAAUAAAGGGUAGUUUCUUGCAAAUGACCUAUGUAAAAAUCAGUCUAAAUGGUUUAGAGUAAUGUUAUCACCAAGGCUAAUUGACAAAGAAAUUGCCUGUUCACCUCCUGGUUAAAGUGUUGUAGUUAUAUACAGCGUAGUUAUAUUCAGUGAAGCCCAGUGUUGACAAUGGGGCUGUUUGUGGCGAGGGGAGUGCACCCUCGAUCUGCUGAUGGCAUUUUUGAACUACAAGCGAAUCAAGGUGUUCGGCAUUUUGCUUCUCCUGGAAUUAAGUUUCAAGUUGAUUUGUUUGCCUUUUAAUCACAUUGCGCCGCUGUUGCUAAAUGUUUACUGCUACUGCUGUUAAGGUAAAAGCAGCAUGAGUUGAGAAUUAUAACCGUUAAUGUUUACAUGCUUGUCUGCUUCAAGCAGAACUAAGCCAUUUACACUACAAGCCCACCUGAUAAAGGCAGGGUUCAGGGAGAACAGAAACACAUUUGUAAGCACAUGGCAUUGUACCCCAUGCCAAAGAGCAUUGCUUGCACUAGCAUGACUGUAGCACCAGUUGUUAAUAGUACUUUCAAAGGUUCUGUCUAGACAUGAGCCCACAGCACAUUGAGUUUAGGUCUUCAGGGACCUGGAAGACUGCUGAGUGAAAGGAUUGCUGAAAAGCAAAGGUACUGAAAGCAAAAACAUCUGGAACAGCUGGCUCAUUGAGAGCUGGUGUUGGAUGGGAGGAGUGGGGGAGAAUUUUUGUUUAAUUUUUAAUCAUUUAAAUGGCCCCAAUCCUUCUGUUAAUCUGACUGGCUUAUCCCAUGCUGGCUGGUAUCAGCUACCUUCAGUUCAAACAUAAGAUACUCGAGUACCUGCGGUGAUAAAGGUGCAGCUGGAAACCAUAAACACAAGAGAUUCUGCAGAUGCUGGAAAUUCAGAGUAACACACACAAAAUGCUGGAGGAACUCAAUGGGUCAGGCAGCAUCUAUGGAGAGGAUUGAAGAGUCAACACUGGCCUUCUGCAGAUAUGGUCAUUGCUGAUACAAGUCCUGCAGUCGGCGAAAAGAAAAUCAUCUUUUGUUUCCAUGCUAA